AUGUCAAGCCGCCCACUACCGCCGUCCAGCGUUUUGCUAGGAGAAGUCAAGGCCACUGUCUUGCGUAAGUACAAGAAGAGCGCGUCCGUCUUUCUAAAUGACGCCGCUCUUGAUAUGAUGCUUACCGAACAUCCCGGUGACAUCCAGCGCUACGCCGGAUUCUACAACAUGGUCUACCUCUUCCUCGACCCCUCUCACUGCCAAGAGUCAAAUCGACCACUUGCGAACCCCCUUCUUACCAAGGACUCGACGACUCGUUUUAUUUGGAAUAAGAAGGAGUAUCACUGCGCCGAUUACCUUGUGGACAACGAUGAUGAUCAUCCUGAAUCGGUUGAGGCUGCAGCAAUUCGACCUAUUGAAGGGUCCAUCGGUGCACCCAUCAUUAUCGCUACGGAAGUGGUGGCCGCUAUCUCGAAGAAGACGCAGAAGAAGACGUCUGCCUUACACCCUGGAGAGAACAUCAAGACGCGGCUUCGGCGCGUAUAUAACGACCGCCAAGAAGCAAAGAAGUUGGACAGCUGGCUGGCGCUGAAGGCUACAGUCGAGACGGCUGCAACGCUCAACGUUCCCGCUCAUGUUUCUACUACCCAGUGGCACUUCUGGAACGCCGUCCUCUUAGAGGUUCUCCCGUCGUUACCAGCACCCGAGCGCGCCGCUCGCCUCCUGUCUCUCGAGAGUCGCGACAUCACCGAUGAACAGCCCAAGCCAUGGUCUGCUAUCUGGCAGACGUAUCAAUAUGUUCGAGACAUCAAAGAGAUCAAGACGAUGGGAUGGGACAAGACUCUGCUCGAAAUGUCCGAGAACUACCAAGACUUCUCUGAGGAAUUGCUAGAUCUCGACUUGGCCACACGCAUGGCUCUGGGCCUCUCCGUCGCACUGCCGCCAGUUCGCGAGGAGAACACGUCAGUGCUGACCGAGCCCACUGCUUCGAAGCCAUGGACUCCUCACACUCCGGUACUUGAAACUGGCGCUCGUCGUCCCAAGCCCCUCCCAAAGUCUCAGACUACCCGGAAGAACUUUGAUUUGACCUCUUUCGCCGAGAAGAUUACUCCUGCUUCUGAAGUCGCUACACCAUCGGCUCUUGUCCCAGCGCAGGGUGGUACUAGAAUCUUCGGACUUCCUACGUCGGUGCCACAGAAGCCUCUUCCACCGUUCGGCGGCUGUACGCUUACUACUCCGGUUUCGAAGACCGCCAGUGCCCACCCUACAUCCGUGCUGCUACAGUCCUCCCCAUCUGCGCAGUUCUCUGACACACCAAACUUUGACUUUGGCUUUGCUAAGAGCACCUUUGACGCACCAAUUUCCAUCUACGUACCGAAAGUCAAUGAACACAUUGUUUCUGGGACGGGCAUCGCCACUCAAACGCCUGAACUGCCAGAAUCGACUUGGGCCGAACACACACCAAAGCCCGCAGUACUAACUGGCAAAGAUAUAAAGUCUAUCUCGACUACUUUUGGUGCUUCGGCUGUUGGCUACGAUUAUUCCUCAUCAGAGAGACCUAUCAUCCUCAUUCAACAUGCUGAGCAACCUCCUAAGUCUGAUCUUGAAGGCUCUAUAGAGGUAGAGGGGACUGAGUGGGAGACCCAAGCAGCUGUCGAAGCGAAUUCAAAAGACCAAAAAUACUCCACUCGGUUAACCAUGGUCAUUGAUGAGUUUAUCAUUGCUAAGCUUAUCGAGAAGUUUCGAAAAGAAACUUCAAGCCCCGGUAGAGGGGAGACACUCAGCGACACUACUUCCAGGGAACAAAAGGAGCCUUCCCGUUUAGACGAUGAGCAACUCAACCAAGGUGACCGAACCGCCUGUCUCCCAACAAAGGAAGAUCAUACCCAGUUCCCAACCUACACCUUCCGAGAUUUUGCGGAGAAAUACGUCCUCGCGCGAAGUCCAGAUCUCUCUGUCGACGACAUCUUCACUAGACUUACCAAUUUCUCGAAUGGCCGCCUCUUCGAUGUCAACUGCGUGCUUCUUAAUGUUGACGAAAAUGACGAGAGCAAGCCUGCAACGUUUGAGGAAGCAGUCAGCAUGCUCGAGCCGUAUUUAGCAGGUCAGUGGACUCUGGAUAAUGCAGAUAGCGAUUCCGCAUCCAGUUUCGGUUCGACUCCGUCGUUGACGCACUCGCAUUUCUCCGAAGACGAGCUUGCCAUCGAUACCGAGAUGGCAGAAGAGUACAUGCUCGAUGGAUACGGGUGGCCGCUCGAGCUGACCGGGUUGCCUCAAAACGACAAGAAGUUCUUCGAAGCGGUACAUACGAAGAUCGUCGCAGAGACCGAUCAGUAUGAGUUCGACUGGUGGGCUGAGGUAGAUUGCCUUCUGGGCCCUCAAGAUGAGGAAGAUGACGACGAUGAUUACGUUGUACCCACGGUCGAUGAUGAUGGGAAACCCAUCAAGCUCACACUAGACAUAAACCCUCUACAAGAGGAUUGGGCCGAAGACGUUUUCUAG